AUGCAAGCAGCUGAGUUAUCUUCUUGCGAGAGCGUGGACCCUUUUGUGCCUAUAGCAGCAAUUCCCUUAGAUAUGUUUCCCCAUACACUGCACUGUGAAGCUAUUCUGCUGCUGGCGCGCAGCAGCGCUGCUGCUGCUGCUGCUGCUGAGUACAGCAGCAGCAAAAGACAACACCUUCUUGCACUUACACCCGUAGAGCCCACACUCAAACAAACUGCAGCAGAAGCAGCAGCAGCAGCAGCAGCAGCAGCAGCAGCAGCAGCAGCAGCAGCUGUCUCCUCUGAAGGGGAAGAAGAUACCCCAGAUACAAACGACGCAGAGGCGGUGCCGAGCAGCAACAGCAGCAGCAACAGCAACAGCAGCAGCAACAGCAGCAGCAGCAGCAGCAGCAACGGCCACAGGAACAACAGCACCGUCGCUAAGGUCACCAACACUCACCAGCCAGCAGCAGCUGCAGCGUCUGACUGGCAGGGAGACAACCCGCUCUUGGAGUAG